GCUUUGAUGGCUCCGCGUACUCAACAUUUGCAAGAUCAGCGGAAGCUAUCUUCAGGCAGCAACACCGCGUCAUUAACACUGGUGUUAGAAGACUUUGAAUUGUUUGAAGCCGAGACCGCUGAAUUGACGAUCGAGGAGGCAGAUGACUUUGCUGCUUCGCUCUUGCUCAGUAACGACGGCACUGCUCCUGUCUCAAAUACGACCGUUGCUUCUGGUCCCGAUUUGAACACUCUGAUCACUCGCGAUUGCCAUACUCUCAUCCACUCGGCGCAUAGUCUAGCCACUACUUCCGUUGUGGUACCCACUCAGCAUGCACAGACAAUAGAGUAUAAAAUGCUGACUAUGACAAGUCAGAAUAUGCCUACAGAUUCUUACUUCAAAACCAUUAUUCCUGUUUCUCAUUGCAACGGCGCUCGAUUUUCUUCAAACCCAAUGGACGACUGGGCACAUACGUUACCAGCACAUAUCCUUACUGUUUCUUCCCAAUCGGCUUUCCAUCGUCCUUUGUCCUCGUGGCCGCAGCACAUUUUGGCAUUCACUGAUGCUCCGGCUCUAGUACGAGCUGUUGCGGCUGACUUGGAGUCGUACAGCACACAUGUUCUUCGCAACGGGUCCACUGAAUCGCCUAGCAUUGUCCAAGUCGCUCCUUGUGAUAGAACUUCUGAGUGGACCACUUGCCAGUUGACUUGCUGUCAAGCCGAAGUUGAACUGCUGGAAGUCAACGCACCUCACCAACAAGCCUUCGCUGUUAUUUCCGACGCACCCACUAACGAAUUCCACGUGUCCCGGUCCAUCCCUUUGUUAUCUAGUCCUCAGCGCUUACAACUACCGGCAGAUAUCGCGAUACGCAUUUGCCCUUUCACUGGAAUUCGCCCACAAUAUUUUGGCCUUCACAACUCCAUGACAGCCGUUUACCUUAUUUUGGUUGACGAAUCCACUGCAUUUAACAGACCCACAGCAUUUCUUCACCAGUUAGGCGAGCAUCCCUUGUUGUUGGCGAUGCUUGUCUCCCUCGUUCCCACCUCGACUUCGAUUUCGGGCGGCCAGCUCGAUCGCAUUCGCAUUGACCAUCAACUCGUUCGGUCCAGACUCGUCGGAUGUUCUUCACAAUUUCCAGACUUACGGUUUUGUGCAUUCGUCGCUUUAGUCGACAUUCUCACUGACUCGUCUUCGUCCGGAUACACUCAUCUUAACUGCAUUUUGCAUCAACGUCUGCAUUAUCUUCCCGGGCUCGUUCUCCACCUUGGCCGCUCCGACUGAUCUCACUCCCUCCCCAUCCUCGAACACGUCAAAUGUGCGCUCGUUUUUUCGUUUUAUCUUCUCUGCACGACUGCAAUUUCCAUGACAUGUCAUAUUUUUAUCCCGUUCGUUUAUUUUGCGACUUUUUUCACCUGUUCUAGUCCACUUAUUACUUAAUGUUUCCUUUUCUUUUGAUACACCGCUAAACGUUGUUAUCUCUGGAGUAUAUGCGCGGGGUCGUAUGCCCCACCUGGUUCCUUCAUGUCAUGUGCAAUAAACCUAUUUUACGAA